AGGUCUGUAUCAGUAUAUGUGAAAUUUUCAGGAUAUAGGAAUUAUCCUCAUCCUUGUCUCUCUGGGGUUUUAGCAAUGGCGAAUGUGCUUGAAAUUUUCACAACUCUCAAUUCUUCAGUUUCCAUACUUUCCCAUCGCCGCCGUCCACGACUGGUUUGCGAAGCUGCCCCUCAAAUAUCUCCUCAUCAAGGUGGUGCCGGGACAACGAGCAGGAAUUUCGGGAGGCUAAAAAUGCAGAGAAUUAAAGAUAUAGUUAACGAAAGCUACAAGAAAAAGAAACAAGUCAAUAAUGAACUCGAGGACGAUCAUCAGAAACACGAAAGCCCUCCAUCCCGUGUGCCGUUUGACGAUUCGGAUUUGUCGGAUGAAGAGGAAGUUAUCACUGUCAAGAAAUAUACUUCAAAAGCCCUUCGUAAAUCCGGCAGCGGAAGAGAUGCUUCUUCAGAAUUUUCUGCUGCCUCUAAGAAACGAUGGGGCGAUGUGGACCCACUUAACAGCUACAGAUCUAACAGCUACAGACCGAUGGUGGAAAAUGACUCGAGUAAAGGGUACAAGUCGAAAGCCACUAGUGAUUUUUUCAGCAGAAAGUCGUUUAAGGAGUUGGGGUGCAACGACGACGUUAUUGAAUCUUUAAGAAGCCUGCAGUAUACGCGGCCAUCGCAUAUUCAGGCGAUGGCAUUUACUCCGGUACUUGAUGAAAAGAGUUGUAUAAUAGCUGAUCAAAGUGGAUCUGGUAAAACUUUGGCAUAUUUGUUACCUAUAGUACAGCGUCUUAGACAAGAAGAAACGGAAGGACUUAGCAGACCUGCGUCAGGGCAUCCUCGAGUUGUAAUACUCGUCCCUACUGCUGAGUUGGCUACUCAGGUCUUGAAUAUUUGUCGAUCACUAUCAAGAGCUGGUGUCCCUUUUCGGUCUAUGGUAGCAACUGGUGGUUUUAAGCAGAAAACGCAACUGGAGAGUCUUAAACAGGAAAUAGAUGUUCUAAUCGCUACACCUGGUCGAUUCAUGUAUCUUGUUAAGGAAGGCUUCCUGCACUUAACUGAUCUUAAAAGUGCCAUAUUGGAUGAGGUAGAUAUACUGUACAACGAUGAAGAUUUUGAGAUUGCACUGCAAAGUUUGCUGAACACGGCACCUGUCACAGCCCAGUAUCUAUUUGUUACUGCCACGUUACCUGUGGAUAUAUACAACGAACUAGUUGAAGUUUUCCCAGAUUGUAAGGUUCUAAUGGGUCCUGGUAUGCAUCGCACAAGCCCCAGACUGGAAGAGAUCCUUGUAGAUUGCAGUGGAGACGAAAAUGCGGAAAGAUCUCCUGAUACAGCUUUUCUCAACAAGAAAAAUGCUCUUCUUCGACUUGUUGAAGGAAGUCCAGUGACCAAGACAAUCGUCUUCUGUAACAAGAUUGAAACAUGCAGAAAAGUUGAAAAUGCAUUAAGACGGUUUGACCGACAAGAAACCCGUACAAAAGUUCUACCAUUCCAUGCUGCUUUGGAACAGCAAUCAAGACUUGCAAACAUGGAAGAAUUCCGGAGCUUUCCUUCAACAAACAUAUCUUUGUUUUUGGUUUGCACAGAUAGAGCGUCUCGAGGAAUAGACUUUGCAGGUGUGGAUCAUGUAGUGCUAUUUGAUUUUCCUCGGGAUCCAAGUGAAUACGUACGUCGUGUUGGAAGAACGGCCCGAGGUGCUGGAGGUGUGGGGAAAGCUUUUAUAUUUGCUGUUGGGAAGCAAGUUUCUCUUGCAAGCAGAAUUAUUGAAAGAAAUUUAAAAGGGCACCCGUUGCAUGACGUUCCAUCUGUUUACGAGGCGAUGAGUUAGAUGUGCUUUGUUGACGUGGAAUAUAAACGUUGCAGCUGUCUAACUAUGGCCAAGAAGAAAUCCAAUCGAUACCCGGAGGGCAACUUCGGAAAGGGAAUUUGAAACUUGGACAUGUUCUAUCAUGAAGUUUUAGCUUCAUGCAUAACCAAUGGAACAUGUUUUCGAGUCCAAACUCACAAAAGGAGUGCUAGGAAAGCUUUUUGUUGGUUAAGAGUAGUUUGGUUUCCAACCUUUGAAGAAUCAUAUCGUCGGUGUCGGGCCAGAAAAUAUCAUUUUUUUCUGGCGUGGGGUUCUAUUAAUUCGUGCUCGUAUAUAGUAGCUUCUUUCUGCUUUUUUCAGGGUAAGGAUUAAUUGUAUGCUAUCUAUUAGAUCAAGACAGAAUUGUUAUUUCAAUUGCACUUUGGGUAUUUUUGAAAGAUACUAAUUCCUUUUU